AGAGUGAGCGGCUCACAACAGCAAACGCUCCACAUUUGGUAUCAUCAGGGCGGCGGAGGAAUCCCAACUAGUCACCGAGGAAUCCCAACCAGCCACGUUCGACACACUUGCCACUGAACUGCUUUGUCUUAUCUUCCAACAGCAGACAAUCACGUUCAAUCAGAUGAAACGGCUGUCUCUGGUGUGCAGGCGGUUCCGCUUGAUCUUGAGGCCAGUCCUUUUUCGCACGUUGGCAUUGGGGACUGAUGUGGAGGGGAGUGGAUAUGAUUGAAUGACAUACCUUCAAAAUGAGGGACAGCACCAGUCGCUACUUAGCUGCGCUGUACGUCACAAUUGGGUCCUCAGCCACAUCGAUCCGGUGCAAAUCAACGCUUUCAGGGCGUGGACCCGUCGACAAAUGUGGUACCUACCUACUUCUCCUCGCCAUCCUCUGCAACUACCCCGACAGGAGCGAAUUAAUACGUUAUCCGAAUGAUUUGCAGACGGCUAACCCCCCGCCCCCAUCGAUCCGUUACAAGCCUCCAAGUCCUAGCCUAAAUGCCUAA